AUGCGCCCCAUCUCCACAAACAACGACUCAUCAAGACACGAGCAGCAACAACGACCACCUAUACCACGACGGUUCUCCAAGACGAACGACAUCUCUGCGAACGACGACUGCAAAAGAGCACAUCAGACAGAUAGCGAGGGUGGUUGCGUCACGACAGAACAGCCCGCUGCAAAGUACGGCGCCCGACAGUCGCCUACGUACAAUCACGCACUUAGCAGUCCGAUGUAA